AGGCGGCAUCGACAAAAAGGGCGACAUCUUCCACUGGUGUCUGCCCCACGGAAUUUUUUGACAGUCCAUCACGGGAUUAGCGAGUGGUUCAUUCACUGCUGGUUUUCGAAGAUAAUUUCGAACGCGCAAUUUCGGACGCGAGCACGCCGGCCGCAUGAAAUAGAUGGCGUGUGCGAGUGCCGCGGCUGAAAGAACGGCGGGUGGAAUAAUUUGCUCCGAGAGCUCGGGCACUACCGCGCACAAAUAUGACAGAUCGGGAUAGGGAUCCGGAGCCAACCGCGGCGGACACCGCUGCUGCACAGCAAGCUGCGGGCGCGAGACGGAAAUCCAGACGUGGGAACACGGGCGGGAAACUCGCGACGCUUCUCCGGCGAUCCGAGAGUAAUCGGCAUCAAGAGUACAAGAGGGACGAUCCGAUGAACGACAGCAGGUCAGUGGAGCACAGACUCAAAGGCCCCUCGAGCAGCAAGCUGUCGUUCCUCGAUUUCGUAUGCAACGUCAAGAAGCACCUACUGUUGAAGAAUCUAUGCAAGUCUAAUAAAAAGAGCAAAGAGACGGAAACGACGACCCCUUGUUCCGGUACAAAGCAGAACAACGUUAUAUCUGUCAUUGAGUCUCUUAAUGCUUGUCAGAAGCAAGAACUUACGAAUGGCGAGCAGGCUUCGUCGGACAGACGACUUUUGUAUGAAAACAGAUUAAGUGACGUCCUUGAAAAUUCCUGUCACAGUAUCAAAGAAAAUGUAGCUAACAUUGGCAUGCAAUAUGGUACAACUGGCACAAAUCUUCAUACAGUUCCUAUAAGACAACAAAAUAAAUCGAUAAGCGACGUCACAACUGACAGUGAGGCAACACAACCCACCUAUUCUGAUGCAACUGUGGCAGUAUCUAAUGCAAUAGCAGAUAUUCCCAGUAGUGUAAACGAAAUAUUAAAUAACGAGCAUAAAGUCAAAGCGAGUCUCGCAAAGGAACUGCUUAAUCUAAGCAAAUAUGGAUGGUAUUGGGGUCCCAUAUCAGGAGACGAAGCUGAUGCCAAACUUAUAUCUGAGCCAGAUGGUGCAUUUCUGGUUCGAGAUUCAUCAGACGACAGGUAUGUCCUAACACUCAGCUUUAAAUCAUCUGGAAAAAUGCUGCAUGCGCGUAUGGAGCAUACCGGCGGCCUAUUUUCUCUGUGCAAUCAAAGCACUGAGAACGAAGGUUUCACUUCGGUAGCUGCCUUAAUAAAUCACUCCAUGAACUUCAGUCAGUCUGCUGUAAUUUGUUACUCGAGACCGAAAUAUCCAGGAUAUCCAUCGUUUCCGGUCAGAUUAACAAAACCAGUGAGCAGAUUCACGCAAGUAAGGAGUCUGCAAUAUCUUUGUCGUUUUGUCAUUCGUCAGUAUAUUAGAUUAGAUAAUAUACACAAGUUGCCUUUGCCAAAAACCAUUAAGGGAUAUAUUCAAGAAGCACAUUAUUAAAACCUAACAGAUAAACAAGUAAAGAAUGUUGAGAUUAAUAAUAAAUUAUUUUUAUGAAGGUACAUAUUAAUAAAAAGAGUGGAAUAUAGAAUUCUAUGAUAAAAUGGCAGCAAAAGUGUAUAUACAUAUGUGUAUAUAUAUACAAAUAUAUAUACACACACACAUACAUAAAUAAGAAAAUUGUUUAAAUUUUCAGUAUAUGUGUUAUACUUUCAAAAAUAUUUUCAAUAUUUGUUUUUAAUCAUGAUGUAUCAUUAUCUAGUAUCAAAACACAUAUAAUAGAUAAAAAUUAUAAAUUAUUGAAAAAUUAAAUAUUAGUAGUUUUUUUAAGUAUUACAUUAUUUCUAUGAAAUCAAAAGAGAAUAUUUCAUAUUUAUUACAAGUUACAUAAUCCUAAGAGAAAUUUGCAAUAAAAUUUCUACUUAUCGUAGACAAAACAUAUUUGACUUUUUCUGCUAUUUUAGUAGCAGAAUAUGAAAAGUAGCCAGACUUUUAUAUAGUUGAUUCCAAUGAUUAUACUUAAUUAUAAUAUGCAGGGUAAACGAAGAAUUGUUUUUUAACCUAUUGUUGUAAAAGAAUGUUGAUAUGACUUUAUGUAUAAUCAACAAUUUAUAUCUUUAUAUUUUGCAUGGAGAUAAUAUAGAUUUAUUACCUA